AAAUGGGCCGCGCACGAUGUGAAGGCUCGCUAGAAGAAGCAGGAGGAUGGCGAAACCAGGCUUGUCUGCGGCGGUGCUGCUGCUGCUCCUGCUGGGCUUCCUCUCACUGUCCUCCGUUCAUGCCGACACCUUGCUGUCAGCUCCGCUUAAUGUGACCAUCAGAGAGCUCGAGGUCAACUCUGCCGUGGUGACGUGGGAAAUCUUGGAGGGAGACCCCGUCAUCGGAUUCGCCAUCACCCAACAGAAGAAGGAUGUACGAAUGUUGAGGUUCAUCCAGGAGGUGAACACCACCACGCGCUCCUGUGCACUUUGGGACCUGGAUGAGGACACCGAGUACAUCGUCCACGUUCAGAGCAUUAGCAUGGGAGGAAGCAGCCCCCCCAGUCAGCCCGUGCUAUUCAGAACGCCUAAAGAGUCAGAGAAGAUGGCAUCCAAGAGUCCUGACGAGGUGAUGAUGGAGGAGGUCGGUCAGGCUGCCCAGCUGAGGGCCGGAGAACUCAUCAUCAUUGUAGUGGUGCUCAUCAUGUGGGCAGGGGUGAUCGCCCUGUUUUGUCGCCAGUAUGACAUCAUCAAAGACAACGAGCCCAACAACAACAAGGACAAAGCCAAGAACUCCUCAGAGUGCAGUACUCCUGAGCACCCACAGGGGGGGUUACUGCGCAGCAACGUCUAAGACCAGCCCUGCACCGCCUUCUGCAAUAACCAACUCCUCAAACCUCAGGACAGACCCUGAGACCAACAGAAAGCCAUGCUCAGAAAAUGAACUGAAGAACAGAUAAAUCAUUACAGACACUCUUCUUGACACAAUGGAGAACUCUACAAAUACAAGACACAAACCUGAACUUGUGAAAUCAAAGCCUGCAAAGUGUCAAACAGGAAGCAGCAGAGGAUAAAACUGCAUUCACUUUUGUUGUGACCAAAAACUGGACUGUAGCCAACUUGCAGCCAAUACAGACACAAAGACAUGAAAUGGCUGUCGAUCGAUUUCUUCUUGACGAGAACUGCUUGAUUCAUACGUUAUGGUUACUGCUCAUCAGCGGCAUCGAAUCCCGGGAGAGGAUCAUCAAACACGAAUGUCAACUUCAGGUUUGUGUAAAUGUUCGGAGCUGGCAGAAGGGAAGGCUGCCACACAAGGAUCGCUGGUCCAAGUACCAGCCAGCACACAGCAACACAAGUUAAGCUCUGUUUUAAACUAAAGACUUUCUCUUUUUCUAUCUGUCCAUCUGCCAUUACCUCCUUUCUGUCUUUAUUACAGCCCUCUGUGUAGCAGCUCAUCUCUCUCCCUGUCUUUCUGUGUCAGUGUCUCUCUAAUAAGCACAUUGCUGUUUGGUGCUCCUCCUGUUGUGAUUGCCUGAGCCCUUACAAUCCCAGUCUCGAUUACAAUAUGAUUUUAUUGUUGGGUCAGAAGUAUUGCACAUUGGGUUUUGUCUCCUGCAUUUCUCUCUCUCACUCACUCUUUCUUUGUCAUCAGUUAAAUGAUGAAAUCUGUUUUUCUCUCUCCUCUCUGAACUGCUACGCAAACUCCUUUGAAAGGUUAAUAUGAAAUCUGGCACAUUUUUUACAGCACCCCCCAUAUUUGAUUCCCAUGAGUUGGGUAACAGUGAUUAAUACGAUCACGAUUCAAGCAAAGUUUAAGGAUUAACCAGGCAAUCUCAUCCAAAUCGAGCGAAUGUAAAAAUUUGUUCUUUUAAAAUCCAGAGGUUAAAAUCAAUCAAUAUUUUUGGAAGAAUGGUGUAGCUGAGAAGUAGCAGAUUUAGGUUCAUAUUGAGGUUUAGUCUUCAGCGCUGCAUAUUCAGCACCAUAUGCUGUCUGUGGUCUGCAGCAGGAUGUGCAGGGAAUAAGGAUGGUGAUAGGCAGGGCACCAUUCCUAAUGAAAUGUAUACAGUGGGCAAAGUUUGGCUGAGUUUCUAGGCUGGUUUGGCUUUAGACCAGCGGGGAUGCCAGGAAGUAGAAGCCCAGAAAUGAUGAAGUCAGCUCUGUGGCUGAAACCUGUUUUUACAUGCGGUCCCUCUUUGCAGCUAUCAUUAAGAUACGAAUAUGUGACAUGAUGCUAGAAUGGAAUGGAGGGAAAAUAACGCAUAAAAUCCAGAUGUAAACCACUAUGAAAGCUUACAUGAAGAUAUAGGAUACAGACAUUCUAAUGGAUGAGAUUCUUUUCUUUUCAGUCAAGUUUUCACUUUUCAAAUGUGGAACAAGCAAACCGUAAAUUUGCACCACUGAAACAUGUGCCCUGAAACAUACAGUAAAUAUUACCAAAGCUAACUAAAAUGUGAUCUAAUAUUCGUUAACCUCUUUGGAUGAGGGGUGAAGAGAUUCUUGAUGAGGCAGAUUGUCAUCUAUCUUUCCUGGCAUUGCCUUUAGGCUGGUAAAAGGCUGACACGGUUCCAGUCGUCUCGUAAGCACGGGGUUGCAGGAUUUACAUACUGCCUUGUUUUUUUUUUUGGGUGCUGUGUCACAGAUUAACGCUUUGCGAUCUCAAUAGUGAAAUGUUUUCACAGAAGACUUGGCUGGCAUCUACUUCCAGACAACCACAACUUCUUCUCUAGUCUCAUGGUUUCACUUUCUUGGGGUGUUUGUGAAGAUGCAAUUUACCCGCCUCCAACUCGACGUCUUCUGUUGAUUCCACUUCUGUGUGUCUCCUGAUCCACAAUGAAAUCUGACAGUCUGAAAAAGUACUCAAAUUCAAAUUUAUUCCAAGCCUCUAACAACCAAAAGAGGUCUUUCUAUAUUUCAGGUGUGUUAUCAGUUGCCCUUUAGGCUUGUGUAAUAUUAGUCAAGCUGCCCAUGUGAGACAUUAUAUAUAAGAGUGACUAACUGAUUAUAUAAAUUGUUUCUUUCAAAAAAUCCAUGACAAAACAAAAGUCAGCGAUUGAAUUAAUCUUACUAACAAAUGUUGUUUGCGUAGCCGAAGCCUGUGAUAUGCAUCUUAUUCCUCUGUGCAGCAGAGCUUCAUUGUUAUUUAAAAGCUGUUAUUAAUACUUCAUUGAGCCACAUUGUCGCGCUGGGUGACAUAUUCUUACAUUACAGCCAACAUGGGCACUAUCAUUUCUACCGAGUCACUUCCUCAGGAUACCGAUGCUGUAUAAACUCAUCAAAUGUGUAUUAAUCCGCAGCUGAAAAUAGUCCCCAUCAAAUCUGUUAAAAACUACACUACCCAGCUGUUUUAGGAAAUUACACACCAUUUUUAAAAAAAGGAGAUAUGUGGGUGCCAUUUUUUAAAGGUUUGUGUCAUCAGCAGGAACAGAUGGACAGCAAAUGAGCGCUUCUGGGUGACUAGGAAACAGAUUGUUGGUUUUAGUCUUUUCUUGGGAUUUGUUAACAAAAAGAAGCUGUAGAAUAAUGAGCCUAAUUCCCAAACAAAGAAACAAAUGGAUAGAUUAUUUAAAAUGAGGAAAAUCACCCUACUGUGCAUAUGCUUCCCACUUAUUCAGUUACAACUUCAUCGAGGGUUUAUGUGAGGGGGUGAACGACCAUAUCGGCAUCAUCCAACUAAAGAUAACGCUUCAUGUUUUUUCCUUCUUUGGGGCUUCCUGUUCAAUUACGUUGAGAUAUCCACAUAGUUGCAAAUAUAUAGUACCCCAACUGAUACUGACGCUCAUCAGUUGAGUUCACUCAAGGAGUCUGACAGAAAAAUGCUGCGAAGCUGAACUCAGCAGAGUUUCACCCUUAUUAGAGAUAAUGAGUGAAUGUCUGAAUGGCUCUGUGGUUGAGAUGACUGUUAAUCGGCUGCACAUACACACUCCUGCUGAAUCUAAACACAGCCCUGCGCAUUUAAACUGCCCUGUGCUGAGAGAGACGGCCAUUACGCUCCCAUCUCAAUCAUCAGUUCUGUGAAUACGCCUCACCCUCACCCUCACCCUGCCAUCCAUUUUUCCCCCUCUCCUUCCUUUAUCAGCUGUCCUAUUUGCUCCUCUGUCUCCAGCCACCCUCAUCCACCUUCAUUCUCCCAUUUAUGACUUCAACCUCAGUUUCUAUCCCUCUGUCGCAAUGCUCUCUUCCUCAUAUAUCACUCCAACCUUCCUCGUUUCUCCCCUUCACCGGUCUUGUCCUCACUUCUCUUCCUUCCCCAGCUUCCCUAUCCCCUGAUUCUCAUUACAUCCACUCGCAGACUCCCGUUAGCCGUCUUCUCCCUCUCUGCAUCAGCUCUCUUAUUCGGCCCCGGCCCACUGCCUAUCCCUCGCUCGUCUACUCAUUUAUCACCUUUUCGUCUCAGACUGCUGGGAUGGACAUUUUACCUGGUAAACAAGUAGGGGAAAAAUAGACGAGAGGGAGGAGGUGGAAGAGAGAAUCAAUGAAAGAGGAUAGGGAGAGAUAAGAUGGGUCAGGAAAAAGCAGCACCUUUUACACCAUUAAUGUGACAUAUAGUGUUGAAGUGGAGUCAGUCGGCAAUACUUAGUAUUUUUAAAUCUUGCCAGCUUUUGCAAGCCUAAAAAAACAAGUGCAAGAGUAUAAGGAACAAACUAAAGCGUGUUUAUCUGCUCUAAUGUAAGUGUCAGAUGUUGACAUAUCUGACUCUAAGCUUGUUCCAGACCAGCACAUCAACUGUGUUGUCUUUUCCCACUGAGGGGAUAGCAUCAGAGUUUAGGCUUUUGUUCGGAGCUCUGUUCUUCACUUUAUUGGAUUUGGGGAAGCAACACAAGCUAAUAGAAGCUGGUGCAGUGGGAUAGUGCCAAACACAUCAGUUAGUUCUUAUCCUAAAAGCCUUUUUGUCCUGUGAAAACAUGAACAAGUAUGCAAGCUACACAGCCAAACAAAGUUAGGUUUAAAAGGGGAAACAGUACAGUCUUCCAUCUUGCUUAUUAAUACGAAUAUAACUGGACUAACAAGCUUUAGACUUCAACACUAGAACAGUGUUUCUUUAUCUAAUGUCCUCUACCUGGAUCAUGAACUUUUUGUUAAAAACUUUCAGGAUAAACCUACAACAUGAUAUCAUGUAUGCACUCAUCACCUGCAUGUAGUAUUAAAGACAGAGUUUAACAGCACAUGGAGCUGAGCUUGGUUUAAUUAACUUCACAGCUUAAGCUGAUAUAAUCUGACAGCAACAGAUAUCAGUUUAUCAAUCACAGUCAACAGACCCCAGCUGGAAAUAGAGAUAAUUUUAAGAAUUUAAAAUGAUGAUCUCUCACACUUUUAUUGCAGUCUGCAUAAGGAUAGUGCAAAAAAAAUGUGAACACUUUAGGUUUAGCAAAUUAGCAAGUUAAAUUGCUUAAUAUUGAAAAUGGAAAAAAAAAAAUCACCAAAAAUAGCCUCACUCCCCCCCUUGUGUUUUAAUUUCUCAUCAUGUGACAUACAGGUGUACUACAGGUCGCAGGCUUUAAACAGUGCUUUUACUUAUUCUUUAAUGUAGGAUGAAGGGAAAAAAUCUCCAGAUUCAUUCACAUGGCAGUCUCUCAAAAGACAAACGGAUGCAAAACGUGCACAAAGGAGAGGCUUAAAGAACAACUGUAUAAUGAAGUGUCUCUAAUGUUGUUUUGUCUAAUAGCUCAAGCUGAGCGUAGAAAGAAAUUAUCUGAGGCGGAGAAUACCAAAUAAAGUGUUUUCCAAAGCAGACAGAGACAGAAACAGCAGACCUGUAAUUCCUCUGAAGCAAAUGAUACUUGAGGCGGUGACAGAAGUGGGGCACCAUGACCAGCACCAGCAGAAUUAAAGAGCAAGAAUGUCCGACAAAGUAGACGGCGUGAAAGCGAAUGUCAGACUUUUCCCAAAGGGAGCGUAGCUGGUGGCGACUGAGGGAGCCUGUUAGAAGCUGGAGUUAGACUGAUUGUUGCUGCUCCGUCUGCACAGGUGGACCAGCUGAAAGCCGGGAAAGGAUCUAGUCAGCAGGUUGGGAAGUAUUUUUAAAUCGCUCUUAUUCUCUGGCUUGUUUUUAGUCCUCUAUUGUGAAGAAGAGAACAGGCCAAGGAACAGACUCUUAUUGUGCAGAUGUAGUCAUGAAAACUCUAAAUUAACAUACAGGUCUACAUUUGCAUCUACGCCUUUGUCUUGAUUAUUUAUAGCACUCAUUUAAAGUCGGCCGCUUUUGUUUUCAAGUUCUCCCUGAAAGUCCACACUUUGGUAGAUGUGCUUUGCCAUCAAAACCAGUCUGAUGUGAGGGAGGCUAGCAGUCUGCCUUUGCUUCUGAAGUGUGAAUCACCACAUGCAUCCCUGAUUUGGAUUAACAGUCGAUCAAUUAGAUCUCUAUCGGUGGGAUUAGCACAGAGGACAUCACCUGCUUAGCCAGCAAGCUAGACCUGGGAAAAAUGGCAACAGAAAAACAGCAACAGAAAACAGGCCUGAGACUGACACAAUUUCACAAGCUGUUGCAAGUCAACCUGCAGAAAUAACUUCUAAAUUGGUGUAUUUUUCCAAAGCUGGUGCAACAUGUCAGGCUGACUGCUCCUAGCUACUGCUACAGUGGCUUCCACUUGAAUUGAAUGUGACACUGCCGGACAGAUGCACUACUCAGUACUGAUUGGUUUGGACAAUAAAAGACAAUAUGUUCUGCAUAAUAUCACUAGAACCAAAUCUCUGAAUCUGCUUUUUCAGUUCGAUGAUCACACCAACGCUAACCAUUUGAGCAACUCAUUUGUUUUGAAGAUGAUCUUUUCAUUAUUGGGAGUUUUAUUUCAGUUGGACUUUGCCUGUUGACUUAAAUUACUGCUAUCUUAAUUAGCAGCUGAAUCCUUUCAAGUCUUUGGAAAUCAAAAUAGCUGUACUUUCUUUUGUGACCGAUCAAAGGAAGCAAAAAUGUUGUUCUUGCCACACACACGACAACUGAACUUUAUAGUUAAACUGGCUGCUUGGAGGCAGACAUCAUGGGCAUCACUGAGCGUUAAUCUUAAGUAGAGGUUGAUGAAAGUACAGAUGUGCUUAGUGACUGUGAUACUACUGAGCCUGAAGUAGUAAUUUUCCUGUACUGGUGGAAUCUAAGCAUACACACGCACACACUUAAACACUCAGUCAUCCAACCAAGUCCAUUCUCCGACUGGCUGCAGUCCAAACUGACACAUUGAGGGAAGCAGCAGAAGGCAGGUCUGGCCCAGAUAGCUCAGUCUCUGUCUAUCUGAGGCUGCAGGAGGCGACUGAACAGCUGCUCAAGGUGAACAUCCAAUGAGGCAUGUGCAAAUACGGAGUCUGAGACUAGGAGAGAGACCUAAAGACAGACAGAGGAGGAGAGAGAGAGACACACACACACACACACACACACACACACACACACACACACACACACACACACACACACACACACACACACACACACACACACACACACACACACACACACACACACACGGGGGGAAGAUGAGUCAGAGAAUCAGAGGGAAUCAAAUUGUGAGUGACAGACACACAGGGGCAGAGAGUAUCAUUGCAUCCGGUGGGGUUUGCAGUGGUAAAGCUACACAUUCAUUCCAGUCAUGAUGAGGUGUUUGAAAGUUAACAGGGAGGUCUGUUGGCCGUGGCAUGAAGUGAAUCUGGAUAUUUACAAAAUGCAUUCCAGUAAAAGAAGGACGAAAGGUUGCAUCAUGGAGGAUCUGGACAAAUAAUUUCUUAUCAGUCAUCCAUCAUUUCUCCACAUAGAGAGUUUGGUAGCGAAUAAUAUUAUGCAGCCGGAGACUUUUAUUAGGUGCUUGCUCCCUCUUACGGCAUCUCCAAAGUAAGAUGUUUAUAUGAAUGUUUUAAGCCCUCAGUACUGAUACAACUGUGUGAUUUAAGUCUGAUUAACAUGAGAAAUGUCCCAGUAGUGCAAUUAGUCCCGAUACAACACCACAAGCUUCUCAGUAACCCCAGCCUUAAACUAAACUCCUGCUCGUCAUGUUCCAGUGGAAGCCUGUGAUACGGCUGAAAUGGUCCCGUUCCCAACUGGUCUGCCUGUACUGUAGAGGACUGGGUGAGGGAGAACCUUGAGUAUCAACCUAGGGCCCUACAUAGAGUAGUAAAGAACAGGGCCGUUUACUUAUGGUAUAUAUUUGUACUUUAUGUCAAAGCAAAUAACCAAGAAGCAUGGAUUUACAGCAGAAUAAUGGAGUCAGUGUUUUAUGUACGAUCACGACGUCUGUGUUGAACCAUUUUGAUGUUCAUGGGAUAAAACCUGUUCAUGAGGGCUAGCAUGACUCUGCUAUUGUUCACAUCAUGGUGUAUACACUACUAGUUGAAAGUUUGAACACACCUUCUCAUUCAACGGUUUUUUAUUUGAUUAUUUUCUACAUUGCAAAUGAAUACUGAAGACAUCAAAACCGUAAAAGAAUACAUACAGAGUUAUAUUGUAAACAAAAAAAGUGUGAAUCUUGAGUAUUAAUCUCCACUGCAGAAAAUAAUACAAAUGAAUAAACAUUGAAUGAGAAGUGUCCAAACUUUUGGCUGGCAGUGCAUAUAUACUAUUUCUAUGAAAAUAUAAAUGUCUAAUUAUGUAUUAACACACAAAAGAAAUAAAAUAUUUUCAAUGCA